AUCAGGAAAUAAAAGCAGACAAAUUUGCUUUUAUAAGUGACUAGUGUCCUGAUAUUCACUCAGUCUACGGAUUAGAGUCGUGGAGUUCCGACGUAAUGGUAAACCAUAAUGGAAAACAAAACCGAUGAGGGUGCAGUCAACCACUCGACCACUCUUACAAAUAAACAGCGUGGGAACGAGGUCACGGUCCGACCGGCUACUUUAGACAAUCUGUCCAUUCAUCAACUAGCUGCUCAUGGAGACAUAGCACAAGUUAAGAUGCAUAUCACCUGCGAUAAUUCCCUAUUGAACAGUCAGGAUGAGCGGGGCUUCACCCCGCUUAUGUGGGCUGCGGCGUUUGGAGAGAUCGAAAUGGCCCAGUUUCUCCUCGAGAAGGGUGCUGAUCCAAAGACAUUUGCACGGGAGAGAGAAUGCGCCUUGUCUUUAGCCAGUGCUGGCGGAUUCACAGACAUCGUCAAUAUUAUUUUAAAACACGAAGUUGAUGUCAAUUCCUAUGACUGGAAUGGAGGCACACCUCUUCUUUAUGCAGUUCGUGGCAACCAUACAAAAUGUGUGGAAGCACUUUUAAGACAUGGUGCAGAUAUUACAUUUGAAGCAGACUCUGGCUAUAGUCCCAUAGCCCUUGCAGUUGCUCUUGGCUACAGAAAAAGCAAGUAUCGCAGAAGUCUGAAAGUCACCAAAUAUACUGAUACGAGCCUUUAUACAUUUUUAAAUAACUCAUAUCUUAUAGCCCAUUAUUACACAUUUGUACAAGUCCCACCUGAGUGAUAUCAAUAUCUUUUCUCUUUAGUGCAAAAGCUGCUUGAGGAUCAUAUUUUAAACCUGUUAAGAUGAUCACAGUCAGGACAACUGACCAGUCACUUUUCUUUCUUUUAAGAUUUCACUUUGUGUAUGCAUUUACCUUUUAAAUUAAACUCUUGUUACAAGUCUUAUACUUAUGUGAUGCAUUUGAUUGCCAUUCAUAAAGUUUCAUUAUUAGUGAGUAGUUAAUAUUUUACCCCCAGUAUAAUAUUAAGUGAAACAUCAGUAGACCACAUUGAUAUUAAAAAUAAAUAAAUAAA